AUGCAAGUGACGCUACUUUUCGCUACUAAUCAUCCUACCCACCCAAGAGAGAUCAAUGUCCAGAAUGCUGAGAAAGCUAAGUCCGAAGCCGAGGCCAACAAGCUUCAAUCAUGCAUUCUCGACACUGAGAAAGCCAUUGCAUGUCAACGCCAACGUAUCUUCAACUACCUCAAAUACUUGUCAUCGGCCCAAACGACUAGCAAAGCAUCUGUCACUGUGCUUAUUGGUCGCCAAAUUGCGAUUCAAGCAGAACUUCUCAUUAUUCGUGAGCUAGUAGCUGCGCUAGAGCGUGUAGAAUCUGAGUGUCUUCAUGUAAUAGAAGAUAUCAGACGCAGAAUCUUCCAAUACUUCCUCGCGCUUACAGACCGAGAAUAUGUCGAUCCAUCUGGAGGCUACAACGAGGAAGCGUAA